CUGAAAAUGAAUCCUGAGUCCAGCAGAACGAUGGAGAUGGCAGCACUCGGCCGGCCUUUCAGCCUCGGGAUGCUGUACGACUGCCGCCAAGAUUCUCUCAUCCCUGGACUGACUCUGUGGAACCCCGAUGAUCUCGGAAAAGAUAUGAGACAAAGACCAAAACCUAACAGCCAUUUUGAGAUAGUUGCAUCUGAAUCGAUUGAGGACAAAUCUUCAGCACUAAAGGUUGAAGCUUCUCUGAAAGCAAGUUUCUUGGGUGGACUGGUUGAGGUGGAGGGAUCGGCCAAAUACCUGAAUGAUCACAAGACAUCCAGAAAUCAAGCCAGAGUAACACUGAAGUCUGAAACUACCACUAAGUUCCAGGAACUGUCCAUGAAACAUCUCGGAAGAGGCAACGUGAAACAUCCGUAUGUUUUUGACAAAGGAUUGGCAACACAUGUAGUCACAGCUAUUCUUUAUGGAGCACAAGCCUUCUUUGUGUUUGAUCGUGAGAUGUCAGAAACAGAAGAUCAUCAGGACGUUCAAGGCAACUUGAAAGUGGCCAUCAAGAAGAUCCCAUGCAUCUCUAUAGAGGGGGAAGGUUCCCUGAACAUGGAUGACAAAGAUAAGGCAAAUGUUGAGAAGUUUUCUUGCAAGUUCCAUGGCGACUUUUCUCUUGAAAAGAAUCCUGUGUCCUUUCAGGAUGCCGUACAGGUCUAUCAAAGCCUGCCAAAACUACUGGGAUCCAAUGGGGAAAAAGCAGUUCCAGUGAAAGUCUGGCUGUUGCCAUUGACAAGUUUAGAUUCUACUGCUGCUAAACUUGUUCGUCAGAUAAGUGUAGGACUAGUUCAGGAAGCACAGACAGUCCUGGAGGACUUCAGUGAGCUGGAAAUGAGGUGCAACGAUGCCAUGAGAACAACAACAGCACAGCAGUUUCCUCAGAUUGGCAAAAAACUUAGAAGUUUUAAGGAAAUGUGCUCUGUGUUCAAACUAGAAUUCCAACGAACUUUAUCAUUGAAACUUCCAUCUAUACGAGGAGGAGGUGAAGAGGAGGCUGUGCUUGCAGAGAUACUGAUGAAGAGACACUCAUCUCCGUUCAACAGCAAAAACCUGACUGAGUGGAUGGACUGUAAAGAGAGAGAAAUCUCCAUUUUAAAGUCUUUCACCAAGAUGAUGAAAAACACAAAGACCAUCUCAUCACAGAAUGGUCUAGAUGAGGAGAUUCUCAGUGCAGAGCAGGUCCUGUGUUUUGUUUUCACCUCACUGGGAAACGCUGAGUCAUACCUCUCCGCUUUAUCAAAAUACUUAAAGGGAACCACAACACCUGACGACCCUCAAGAUCCACAGACCUAUGAUGUAGAGAAGGAGCAGUGGUACCUUUCAAACAAAGUUCCUGAUAAAAUGAGGAAACAAGCAAAGCUCUUCAGUGAUUUUGCAGAGGCCAACAAGGAGAACAUGAACAUAAAGUUCCUCAUAGUGGGUUUGACAAAUAAGACACAAAAAGGUUCAAGCAUCUACCUUUAUGAUGAAGGCUCUUCUCUCAGUGAGAACUUUGAACCACCUUCAAAGCCUGAAAGUGUGAAAGCAAGUGACAUAAACCACAACAGUGUGACCCUGAAGAUCUCUCCACCCAGAUCUGGAGCCGAGAACAUCACGUCCUACUCUGUUGAGUACUCUGUCCAUGGAGAGGAUGGAUGGACACAGAAGACGGCGUCAAAGGAUGGAGACGUCACAGUGAGCGACCUGAGUCCUGACACAGAGUACGUGUUCAGAUGCAGAGCUGUCACCUCAGUAGGUGUUGGACCAGUCAACGAGGUCAGUGGAUACAUUAGAACUCGGCCCUGCAGCCCUCCUGGAGAACCUCGAGUUGAACCAAACUCAAGUGAGAUAACCGUUAGCUGGCAGAGACCUGCUGAGCUUGGACAAGAUGUCCACAUUCUGAGCUACAUCGUGGAGUACGCCCAAGCAGACAAAGUGAGGAAAGCAGAAGAUCUCCAGUGGAACCGAACAAUGUCAGGAGCUGAGAAGGUGAUCAUAUCAGAGCUUCUGUCAGAGACAGAGUAUGUUGUCAGGGUCAGGUGUGACUGUGGUGCAGCUGGCAGAAGCAAGGAAAGCAUCUCUGUGAACGUCUGCACAACAAAACGUCAAUUUGCUCGUCUUGCAGAUUACCUGAAACAUACUAGCAAGACUAAAGAUUGUGAAUCCCCCUCAGUUUACAAACUGUCACUGAAAGAAGAAGAUAUUGAUAUAGAUGGAUGCAGAAGAUAUAACUUAGGUGAAGAAAGGAUGAGGCAGAAUCGUACUAUCAUGCUCCUCGGAGCGACCGGCUCAGGAAAGUCCACACUCAUCAAUGGGAUUAUCAACUACAUUGUAGGUGUGGAGUGGAGGGACAAUUUCAGAUUUAAAUUAAUAGUGGAGGAUCAGUGUAGAUCACAAGCUGAGAGCCAGACUUCUGCAGUCACUGUGUACAAACUGAACCAUCAGGAGGGGUUUAAAAUCCCCUUCUCCCUGACUGUGGUGGACACUCCAGGGUUCGGGGAUACGAGAGGAGUCGGAAGAGACAAGGAGAUCACAGAACAAAUCCGUAAGCUCUUCAUCUCAGUCCAUGGAGUCAGUGAGAUUGACGCAGUGUGUUUCGUUACUCAGGCUUCUCUUGCACGACUGACAGCUACACAGAGAUAUGUCUUUGACUCUGUGCUGUCACUUUUUGGCAAAGAUGUGGCAGAGAACAUUGAGAUGCUGGUGACUUUUGCAGAUGGUAAGCAGCCACCAGUCCUUGAGGCAAUCAACACCUCUGGAGUGCCAUGUCCCAAAAAUGACUUCGGACUUCCAGUUCACUUCAAGUUCAACAACUCGGCACUAUUUGCAGACAACAGAGGCAGCAGUGACAGGGCCUGUGAGGAGGAUUCAGAUGAUGAUCACAACUUUGAUGAAAUGUUUUGGAACAUGGGUUCCAAAAGUAUGGAAAGGUUCUUCACUGCUUUGGGUAAAAUGAAAACCAAAAGCUUGCAAAUGACCCAAGAGGUUCUAAAAGAGCGAAAACAACUUGAAACAGCCGUUGAAGGUCUUCAGCCGCAAGUGAAAGCUGGACUAGCAAAGCUUCAGCAAAUUAAAACAACCAAAGAAAUGAUAAAACAACAUGAAUCAGUCAUGACUUCAAAUGAGAACUUUGAGAUAGAGACGAACUUCAUUCAGCCCGUCAAGAAACCGCUCACAAAUCGUGGACAGUUCCUCACCAACUGCCAGAGAUGUUCAAUGACCUGCCACCAACCCUGUGCAAUCGAAGAGGAUGAUAGAAAAAGUGGCUGUUCAUCUAUGGAUAAGGACGGGAGGUGCACCGUCUGCCCUGGAAAAUGCAUUUGGAACGUACAUUUCAACCAGACAUACAGUUGGGAGUAUGUUCCAGUGAAACAGAAGCAGACCCUUCAAGACAUAAAGAGCAAGUACGAGAAAGCUAAGCAAGAAAAGUUCAGUGUUAAGGAACUGAUCGAGAGGCAAGAGGAAGAGAUCUGUCACCUUCAGGACAUGAUGGUGUCUCUCAUGGAUCAGUCAGCUAACUCCAUAACUCGUCUGCAAGAGAUUGCCCUGAGGCCGAACCCCCUGACCACCCCCGACUACAUUGACAUGCUGAUUGAAGGAGAGAAGUCCGAGGCUAAGGAGGGCUACCAGGCUCGAAUCAAGUCUUUGGAGACAAUGAAGGACAGAGCAACAAUCAUCUCCAAGGUCGCCAAACGAGACAAACUUAACAAAACGGACGAGCAGUUGUCUGAAGAAAGGCAGGAGACCAAAGAAAAGAAAGGAUUGUUAAGUAAAGUGGUAAAUUUCUUUGGGUUCUAAGUCUGCGUAGCCGUGUCAGGGGGGGGCCUCAAUGAUAAUGACAAACAACAUAGGAAGUACAGCUAAUUAUUAAGCUAGCGGUUCAACAUGCUCAUAGUUAAUUUGAUCUAUGUCACAUGCUACUGCUAAUAUCAACAUUAUUCUAUUAGCAUAGAUACUGCUAUCAUAACAAUGAAUUGCAUGGAAACAAGCUACAGCUGGUGUGAACAUGCUAAAUCACAUGCUACACGUCAGGGUAACACACUAACUGUGUCUCCAAACUAUUGCUUAUGAUUAAAAAUCUGACCAACAAACUUUGAGUCACUCUUUAAGUAUCAUGAAUAUGCAUUUUUAUCUAAAUUCAUCCAACUGAAAGAAGAUACACACGUGAUGAAAACACAUGUGAACAUAAACAUGAAGUAAACUGCUUAUGAUGCGUUUGUUGGACUUUUGUGAUUUAAGGAGUUUUGAUGUUUGGUGCAAAGUGAAUAAUUGUGUUACUGACACUGUAUUCAGUUAAGUGAUGGUUAAAACAAAUGUGAUGUAAUCUGUACGGAACCCAUCGACCCGAGAGGACGACGGAAAGUCUUCAGUCUAUCAGAUCGUUUCUUCUUUCAUCAAAUGUUAUUGAACCAAGUGAUUCUCAGUUUGUACUUUUGAUUUAACUGAUAAAUCAGAUUACAGCAUAUUUAACAAAAUAAAGGUUUAA